UUUAUUUACACUGAGACAUGACAAACACAAAGGACAUCUGCCUUGAGCACAGCAUCUCCAUAUUGGCUCUCUAACUGGGUGGAAAUCGUUAGUCUCUUAUGUCAACAUCCGACUUGUCUGGUCACUGAUAGUGCGCACCUUCUUUCUGCACUAUCUUGGAUGGCGGUGCGCACGGCAAAGUCAUAACAAUAUUAAUUAGUAUUACAUGUACAGAUAUCAUAAUGAUUGUACAUGUAUAGAAUACAUAGAGUUAGAGAUCUAAUACUUAAUAAAUUUUAUAAUAGUCAACACACUUCAUUUUAAAUGGUCACUUCAUAAGUUCAUACAGUAUGAAUACUAUGAUGUAUCAUACACAAUCUAUUUAAUUAAUCUAUCUUGAAUCUAUGAUAAUGAUACACUACACUCACACUUAACAGUCAACAGUGACACUGUUACAGUUACACUUACAGUAACUAAUUGUCAUUUUAAUAAUAAUAUCAUAAUCAUUCUUACAGUCAUUAGACUUUCAAUAAACUAUCAUUAUUGUGUUACACUACAUGUCAUUUACAAAUUACAGUCUACACUAGUAUACUAGAUCAUAGUAUUUUAAUAGUAUUACCGGCAUAUUUAACAAAAAUUAAAGAAACUAAGUCAGAAAGAGUUUUUACUUUUAAAGUAUAUUAAAAUUAAAUACCUAACCUAUAAAGCAAACAGACUGCUCUGCAGAGUGAAUAAAUAAACAAUGUAAUAUCUAAAGACAACAAUAAAAACCUAUGGUCAUACAUUAAAUCUAAGAAAAUGAAACAGCAGGAGUAGCACCAUUAAAAGGAGAAGAUAACUUUUAAACACAUAAUGAAACUAAAGCUAACAUCCUAAAUAAAUACUUUGCAUCAAUAUUCUGAGCCCCAGGAGACAAAAGACAUAUUACUUACUUUGAACCAAGUCAAUGACAUAGAUGUACAAAAAAAGGGGAUCAAAAAGCUAUUAGCCAUCAUAAAACCGAAUAAAGCAUCUCGACCUGAUGUUAUUCCAGCUUGAUUACUCAAAGAAAUAAGCAACAAGCUAGCACAAGUGUUCAAAAUAUUUUUUCACGCAUCACUUAAUCAGGGUGGAGUACAGAGGUACUGGAAAGAGGCUAACAUCUUUUCGCUAUUUAAAAAAAAAAAGAGAAAAAUCUGACCCAACUAUUUAUUCAAAAAUGAAUUCACCUACUAUCCAGAAGUACCAAGCUCCAGAUUUCCUUUGUAUUGAUCAGCUGCCCGAAGUUAUUCUAGUACAAAUUAUGGAGUUUCUAACUCUACAAGAACGCUUUUACCUUAGUCAAACAUGUCGUGUAUUUUGUACACUUUUCACACACCCAAGACUUUGGCAAGUGGCUGAUAUCAAACUAGUUCCGAAAACCAUCAUUACAAGCAAUAAAGAGGUCAAAUGUUCUAUGUGGAGCAAAAUACCUGUUACGGAUGAAAUUUUGGAAAAUCUAAUAAAUAGGUAUAAAUUAGUAUUUCGUCAUUUACAUCUUGAGAUUUCUGGUUUGUAUCGUCCCAUCAAAGAUAUAUACUAUUCUAUUUUGUUAGCUCUCAGUGAGAAUCAUCAAUUAGAGACUUUGACUCUACAAAUUGAGUUUUGUACUAAAGUAGAACAUGUAGAGCAGUCAUCAUUAAGGGAUUUGUAUCUAAUCAGUAGCUUAAUUCGUAAUGCUGUAUCUUUGAGGCAGCUUAGCAUUAAGUCUUGGCCUUUUCAAUUAGAAACAGUUGAUGAAGAUAGAAUACUAUUAUCUCUUCUUAAUAACCCACACAUUGUGAAUUUAAGAACUCUUCAGCUGUUUUAUAUGGAUGUAUCAGAUGGACCUUGGGCAAAACAAGUUUCACCUCUGCCUUCAAGGGAAGUAAUCCUUCAGAUAGUUUCUCAUUUCAAACAAUUAGAAUGCCUUGCCUUAAGGUCUUCUAUGUUGAGUGAUGAAUUGUUUAGACAACUGGCUACUUCCCCACGAAAACCUCUCUGUAUGUUCAAAGUUUUACUUGUAUACUCAAAGGAACAUCAUUCCAACACAUUAAAUUCUAUUUCUCCAGAAUCCUGGUCUACUUUUAGCAAAGUUUGGCCAAACUGUGAAGUCGAAUAUCUCAUUACAUUUAGGAUAACAUUGGAUCAAUUACAACGCCUGUUCAGUCCACACAUCAAACUUACAUCUUUGACCAUUCUUGAGUAUGGUAGGUGUGAUGUGGGCUUGAUUGAUUUUCUUAUCACCUUCUAUAGUAAAACGCUGGAGUCAUUUAUUUGCUUUUGUGAGUCCCAAAACUGUGAUGAGGCUUUAAAGCGAUUGGUAAACUCCUGUUUGAACUUAAAAUGUUUGGUAUUCUGUGGAAGUAUUGCUUCCAAAACUAUCCAGGAUAUUGCAGAGAUGAUUAGACAGCAAAAUAGAGUGUUCACAACAUUCAAAUUCAAAGGGAAAAACAUUCAAGUGGAUGAUUUCAUAGAAGAUGACGCUGUCAUUUCCAGGAGGGCUGAUGACCAGUACCAUCUUGUCUCAUUAGAGCAAUGGCACCAGAGCCAAGAAACAUGUUUGGCAAAGCUAGAACUAUUGUCUCAGACAGUGUUUACUUUAAUCAACUGCCAAUGCCUUUUAGAAGACAGAUAAUAGAAUGAGGCUGGCUGGAUCAUUGUGAGCAUAUUAACUGUACUUGUAUAUUUGGUUUACUUAAAUAGACUUAUCAACAAUUGAUGGCUAAUGUGCAUGUACAUUUAGUCCAUCUCCAAUUCCUAGCCAGGUUUUCAUUCUGCCUCUUGUGAUUAAAAUUUUGAAGACCUGGCUAGUAAAAUAAAAUCUAAUUUUAUAAAAUUUUAAUUUGUUUGAAAAAACUUGAGAAAUUCCUGUGAUAUUUAAUAUAAUUUGUAUUUGUGUUACACUUUUUUUUUAAAACUAUAAGUAUUUUGCAAUAAUAAUCAUUUAACUCUUUCAAAAAAUGUGCUGGUUUUCUAUAAAUACCAAAUAUAUUUUUAAAAAAAUGAUAUAUAAUCUUUUUAAUUAGAAAAAAACAACUAAUUUUCAGUAACAUAAUUUGCUGAACUUUUUCAUAGCCUAUUAAAUUUUUCUUUCUGAAUAUGUCAAUUCUUUUCUUAUUUAUAGUCUGUCUAACUAUUAUUGAUUUAGUUUAUAUUACGUCAUACACUAAGGAUUAACUUAAUAAAUAUAAAUCAUUUUUAUUGUGCAGAAAUUAAAAGGUUAACUGCAAACAAUUUACUCAUUUUUUAAGAUUUAAACAAAAAAAGUUGGUGUGCUUUUUUGAACAAUAGUUAUAUACAGAUACAAAGGUACUAAUCUACAUUAUCUGCAUUAUCUUUGGUGUGCUUAUUUGAACAAUAGUUAUAUACAGAUACUAAGGUACUAAUCUACAUUAUCUGCAUUAUCUUUACUAAGGUCUAUUAUACAUUAUCUGUAUAUUUAUUUAUCUCAUUUUGUAUUAAUAAAUAAUAGAUCAAUU